UCUCCUUCAGUAAAGACUCAGAUGUCCUUCACCAACCAGACAGUGUUAAAUACUCCUCUGUUAGAGGACAACAUUUCAACCAUGAGGUGGUGACUUACUCUACCAUAAAACGGAAAUCCUCAGGGUGACAUCCACUAUUUGUGUGUGUUUCAGUCACCGCUGUAAGUUAUUGCGUGCUUUAAAACAAUGAGUAGUUUGAUAGUUUUCACUGGAGUGUUAAGUGUUUUCAGGCGUUGUUCUAGUUUUUUGUGUGUUUCUUUUUGAGGCCACCGCCCACAGGAAAUGAUGCAGUCUUGGGGAGUCAAAUAAAUAACCUAACAUUGCUAUCAUGGUUGUUACAGCAAGUUGGGCUUUUGCGCACACAGAUGCUUGGGCUUGGCAGCUUGUGAGAAGUAAAAUGUGAUUGGAUCAUAGUAAAAUAAGGAACUUUAAGACUGACAGACGUGGCAAAUCAUGAUAACCUGUCACAUUCGAAUCAAGCGGCAGGUCAAUCAAAAACAGGGCAAAACAGGAUUUUUUUUUCAAAUAAAGUUGUGACAUCUGGUCACAUCAUGUUACACUGAACUUACACUGAAUUUCAUGUUUGCUGCUGUGGUUGACUAGGCUCCUCUCCUCCUGGUGUCUCUGGGCUGAACAUUAUUUCACAGGGGCCUUUGGAGAGAGACUGGAACUAGUAGGGACUAGACCACACAAAUGUCCUUAGUUUAAUUGAACACUUCACCUGUCUGCAAUGCAACGACUUCAGGGACAGGAGUCACAGUUGGUUUGGUGAAGGGAAGGAGUGACUAUUAAGAGAGACAGGGUCAGGGCAAGAGCAGAGAAGAGGGGGGUUGAGAGGAAGAACAGAUAAGAGGGAGGGUGAGUGGAAGAGCAGAGGGAGAUGGUGGACUGACAGAUCACAAGACAGAGGUUCACGAUAGAAAUUCUGAAGGGUGGACAGAGGAGAAAAAGAGGAAGCUGAAACGUGACUGAUGACAAAAGAUAGAUCCGGAGGCAGAGGAAGCAAGAGAGCAAGAGAAAGGGAGUUUAGGUGUAGAAGUGUAGAACAAGAGGGAGAGAGACACAGAGGCUGAUUAAAAAAGACAGAGUUAGAGUGGAGAGAGCUAUGGAGAAAGUCUUCCUCGCCAUGGUUACCAUUCUGUUAGCUCUGUGUCCAGCUGGGUCAGAGGUUCUGACAGUGACUGGAGUUGUAGGAGGACAGGUGGUAAUUAAAUGUAAACACACAUUUGCAUCGAUCAAUGACAAGUAUUUCUGCAAGGACUCCUGCACUGGUUCAGAUAUUCUCAUACGGACUAGAGACAAUAAAAACUAUACUGAGAACGGAAGAUACAGCAUAUUUGACUUUAGAAAUGGAGUCGUCACUGUGACCAUCAAGGACCUGAAGAAGUCAGACUCUGGGACAUACUGGUGUGGAGUGGAAAGAGUUCUCAUGGACUCAUACCAAGAGGUGUUUCUGAGGGUUGAGGAAGGUCCUCCCACUCCACUUGACAUCAGCAGUCCCCACCCUUUUUCUACAGUCAACAGGGUGGCAGUAUCCCUAACAACAGUUCCAGGUACUCCACAGGUCAUCAUGUUGUGUGUGAGUCUGACUGUGUUGAUGUUUGGACUCAUCCUGUUUCUGAUCUAUAACUGGCAAGGAGACGGGAAUGUUUUCAGACCAGUCACCAAUUCAGACACAACAAUUUUAGAGUCCACCUACCAAACACUCAAAACAGCACCUCAAGACUCCACCUACCAAACCCUCAACACAACACCUCAAGACUCGCUGUAA